AAAAGAUGGCUCUGUGUGCAGUCGUCUGCUCUUUGUUGCCAUGCUUAUUCACUGUACGUAAAUCAAAACAACACGAAUUCAAGUUUGAAAUUUCUGAAGCACUCUUUUCUUUUGUCGUUAUUUACUGAGUGGAAAUCGGUGCCGAGCGGUAUUAAAUGACAAAAACCUUGCUGGAUUGUGUUUUCCCGAUACGAAAUCCGCAAUCCCCUGCUGUGACCUACCACGAUGGAGAAUGUUCUAUCACAUUGCUGUAUGGAGAUUUAUCAGAUGAUGUGCAGCAGAUUUCCAAAGCGCUCCUUCCGAUCUGCUAUGAAAAUUGUGUUGUUGUCUUUGCCAUUCAACAACUUCAUCACCUAAUCCCUUCCUUGAUAUUAGGGGUAUUAAAAUCAAAGGCUUCCUUCAUGUACCUAGAUCCAGAUUUCCCACUUUUAAAGCAAGAAGAAGUAGUGAAAAGAAGUAAAGCUUCAGUCAUUAUAUCUGAUUCUUCAAAGGCUUUUUCUGGGUGGAAGCUCACUACCAGAGUAAGAGUGUUUGGUGCAAAUGAGCUGCAUAUAUUCCAGGAGUGCCUACCUUCAAGUUUAGUAAAUUUCCCAUUACCUGAGGAGUGGAAUAUUGCUUACUUGAUUCAUACAUCAGGCAGCACAGGAACACCAAAAGUAGUUCGCGUUCCUCACACUUGUUUACUACCCAACAUCCUUGACCUUAGAAAAAUUUUCAAUAUUCAUCAAACGGACGUUAUUUUUAUCGCUUCACCGUUCACAUUUGAUCCGAGCAUUGUUGAUCUAUUCCUAACGUUUUCAACCGGCGCUAGAAUGGUCCUUGUAAAACCUUCGAUCAAAGCCAUUCCAUCAAAACUUGCCGAAAUCAUUCGCAAAGAAGGUGUGACUUUUCUUCAAGCUACACCAUCUUUUUUAUUGCAAUUUGGACCACAGCUGUCGAAAACCCAUUUGCUGUAUCCGUCCUCGCCUCUGCGAAUCAUUGUGCUUGGCGGAGAGGCAUUUCCAGCACUCAAGACCCUUUCAGAAUUUAGUUCGCCGGGCCAUUCUACCGUCUUUUACAAUAUCUACGGCAUUACAGAAGUUUCCUGCUGGGCCACUUUAUCCAAGAUAAAGUCGAAUGAAAUUCAAGUUGAUUUGGGGCAUGCUUUGGGCGAAACGGAUCUCCGCGUAAUAAAUGAAGACGAAGAAGAGAUACACCGAGAUCAAGGAGGCGAAGGUUAUUUAUGGCUGGGAGGACGGAGAAUUUGCCUUUUAGACGACGAGACACCAGAUUCAAUUAAGAAGCCCGUCUUCCGACCAACGGGUGAUCGCGUUGAGUUUCUCAACGGGAAACUGUAUUACAGGGGACGGAAGGAUGAAACAGUGAAGCGAAUGGGAAAGCGGUUGAACCUUCACUCCGUUGAAAUAUUAGCUCUAUCAUCCGGUCUAGUGCAGCAAUGUUGCGCGUUACUUGAUUCUAACCGGCUGCUAGUUCUCGUUUGCAACGGAAUUUCCGUCGUCGAUCACUUGCUGCAAUUUUUCCAGGAGAACGCUGCGGCCGUCGAACAACCAGAUGUCAUUCGAAUUCUUGAUUCACUUCCCAUGUCGAAGCAUGGUAAAAUAGAUCGCAAAAAAUUGCUCCAAUUAAUUCAAACUACACCAAAACAUGACGGAAAAUUGAACUGGGAGACCAUUCUUGAUAAUGAAUGGAGGAAUGCUACUGGCCAAACUGCCACCGAUGAGUCCAACUUCAUCUUAAGCGGAGGAAAUUCGCUGUCUGCGCUCAGACUAGUCAACCAAAUUCAAGAGGAAACGUCUCGAUCACUUCCGCUGCUCACCGACAUUCUACUGAAUCAAAACUGGAAAGAAACAGUUGAUUAUAUUCGGAAGGAGUCGUUAAAUGGCCCCAUUAGCUCACUUCAAAAUCAAUCUAAAGUUGAAAUUUUUCAACGAAGUCAAACAUCGUCUAAAGUCACGGACGUGGUAUCAAAAGCCUCAACACUUAGGCUGAAACAAAUUUGGAAAUUCAAUUUAAAGAAAUGUAUAGACGCUUCUCCUCUUGUCAUUCGAAGGACUGAGGGUGAUGCAGUAUUUAUCGGUUCUCACUCGCAUCGUUUCUCCGCCGUUAAACUGGAUAGUGGACAGGAGAUUUGGACAACUGAACUACCUGAGCGGAUCGAAUCUUCUGCUAGCUGUGACAUGAAUGGUGUGAACAUUUUUGUCGGUUGCUACGAUGGCAACCUCUACUGCCUGGACGCAUUGACUGGACGAAUUUGUUGGCAUUAUUCCACCGGCGAUGCUAUUAAAUCUAGUCCAGUUUGCACUGGCCCAAGUGUUAUAUUCGGCUCCCAUGACCGGACUCUUUAUUCUUUAUCCGUUGCCCGUGGAGAGCUGUUGUGGAGGAAAACCAUUUCUGAAGGCAGUUUGUUUGCCUCCGUGGCUUGGGAUGGAAAUAAUCGCAUUCUUUCCGCUGCUUUGGAUGGAACUUGCUCUGCGCUUAGUGUCACUUCCGGUCAACUGUUAUGGACGAUUAAGCUGUCUACCCCCAUUUUUUCUAGUCCUGUCUGGUUUUCAAAAUCUGAGCGCUGCUUGUUAGCCAGUGUUGAUGGAUUCAUAAAUUGUUGCUCAGCAGAUACGGGUGACAUUGUUUGGCGUUACCAAGCGGCUGGACCCAUCUUUUCGACCCCAACUGUUGCAGACAAGCGGAUCAUUUUUGGCUCACACGAUCAUUUUCUUUAUUGUCUCGACGAAGAAAGUGGUCAACAGCUAUGGCGUGCGGAAUUUACUAAUCCCAUUUACUCUUCGCCCUUUGCAACGUCUUUAAUUAUCUGCAGCGACACUGCUGGCCACUUGAGAGUUAUGGAACUUGAUAGUGGUCGAUCGCUAGCUCAAACUCGUUUAGAUGGGGAAGUUUUUUCCUCACCUGUCAUGGUCGAUCAACUGGUGGUCGUCGGUUGUCGAGACAACAAUCUCUACUGCUUUGAAUUAGUUAAUAAUUGUAUGUAAAUUUAAUCACCUCUCAAACCCACGAUUUAUUCAAUAAAGCAAAAGUUAAACACUCA